AUGGAAAGCGGGGUAACCAUUCUUAAGAAUGAUUCAUAUCUACUCUCUCUAUAUAGUUUACGAUAAGUUUCCUUAUAACCGUACAAAAAUAAAAAUUAGAAACGUAUCCCGUUGUCGGAAUUUCAUGAAUGGAAAGCGAAACUGAAAAUGCAUUCUAAGAUGGCCGUUGGGAAAACACCGGUGGGUGGUUACGCCAACCGCAGCCUGAACUCUGAUGGUUUCCCUCCAUCCCCACCUUCGAAAUCUCUCUGCUCUGCUUCUCAGAGACCCUCUUCCCGGGAGAAUGAAGCCCGCGUCCUCUCUCUCCCUGGUCCUCCUACUCUACAAUCUUCCAUGGAGUCUCCUCGCUUCCACCCCUUCACCGUCUCCCGCCCCCGAAGGUGUGAACAAUUCUCCGGUCGUGGCAACUUCUUGCGAGUAUUUUCUCUGAUCUGACCUCUGGAUUUCACUGAAGCUUCAGGGGAUCUUCCCCUGCCUGGAUUCUCGGUCAGUUGGCUGGGCAAUAGGAACGCAUUUCAGGCCGGCGAUGUCGCCACCAUCGUGAUCAGGGCCUUCGGGGAAUCCCCCAACGGGACGGAGUUCAUCAAAGGCGGCAGGUACGGGGCUAAUUUUUCCCUCUCUGUGAAUGGGAAGAAGGGGGAUAGCUCGUAUGUGUCCAGCGUUGUUUCGUGCACGGAAGGGGAUCCCAAUCAUUGGAACAUCACCUUCAUCCCGAUCCGGGCUGGGGAUUUCGUGGCGGUCGUUACCGAAGAAAAUUCUGGAUUGGCAGAUUCGUCGCUUCCCUACACUGUGACAACUGGUACGGGUCCUCGAUCAUAUUGCUUCAGUUUCUGCCUCGAUGGUUGGAUAAUGACUGUGCUCUAAUGUCUGAAGGGGCUCUGUACCCGCCUGCUAGUGUUGCUUCAUGGAUGAAUCUGGAAGACGAGUUUGUUGCCGGGGAGAAAGCCAGGAUUCUAAUACUCCCAAAAGAUACAUUCGGAAACAACAUCUCGUCCAUAACCGAGGAAGGCUCCUCUUCCACGUUUAAGCUAUCCUCAUCUAAAGAGGAUGGUUCCGCAGCCCAUUUGCUCAAUUUCACGUACACCGGCUGGGACGGGUUGGGGCGUCUGGGAAUCGAAUUCGUUCCCAUCACAGCCGGCAGUCUAUCACUACAUGUCGUGAGUGGAAACCAGAGUUUAACUGGCUCUCCUCUGUCAUUCAGGGUGCGACCAGGUUAGUGCUUGCAUCAUAUUAUUCAGUGUCACUUAUCAUUAAUAUAGAGAAAAACAGAGCGUCGUUUUCGAUUUUUGAGACUUUGUUUAAUUUUUAUUACGUUAUCUUGAUCUGAAUCUCUUUAUUUAUAUAAUUCAUUUUGUUCUUGUAACUCUUGAUCUUCUCUUCAUCACUUUUCUCAUUUUACAGGUUCUUUAGACAUCAAAAUGUGUGAGGGAAAAUGGAAAUACGAGACAAAUGCCAUAAAAAUAUUUUCGAGACUUGAAUUCUUAAUUUAUCAGCAAGACCAGUAUGGAAAUCUUGUGCCAGGUUUCUACCAAUUUGAUGCUGGAGUCGUCCAGAAGGAAACAAAUUUAUCUAUCCCUAUCGCAGAUUUGUCCUUCCAGGAAACGGGAGGAGGAGUCCAGUUGCUCUCUUUCCUUGUCAUUGAGCCAGGGAGCUUCAUGCUCAGGGUCUUUGAUGCUGAGAAAAAUUGGAGUAUUUCUAACACUUCCUAUGAGUAUUUCGUCUUCGUUGGUAGGUGAAUAGAAAUCCACAGAAAUCUCUAAAAUAAUUCUACUUAUUAAAGAAAACUCUCAAUUCUUAAAUAAAUUGUCUCAAAAGAGUUUCCUGCUGAAUUAUUCUUUCCUUUCAAUUUCCCAUAUUUUUUUCCUCGUAGAAAUAAUUUUUUUUAGGGUUUUCCCAUGAUUAACUCAGUACAGGUAUAUUCAGUCAGACAUUGUCCACUUCAUAACAUUUUUUUUCUUUGCUUCCUGUUCCUAUCUAGGCUACUGCGACGGUGUAAACAGUGUUGUUAAUGGGUCUGGCUUAAUCAGUUCAGUCGCUGGCCGAAUGUCAUACUUUUCUGUUUAUUUAGAAGAUAUGUUCCAUAAUCCUUCCCCAGUUGAAGCAAGAAUUCUCACUGUGAAGAUUCUACGAAAAAAUGACUCUACAAGUAUAAGACCAGCGAUCUUUCCGCAGAGGGACUUUCAAGGUACCUUCUCCUAUAUUAAACACGUUCAAUGGGAGCACCUUACUAAACUGUAUGGAUUCAUCAAACAGGAGGCAAACCAGUUUCUGAAAACAAUGACCAUCCUCAAGGAGAUGGAGGAGCUGCUCCGUUUUCUAGUGAUCAAGGUGGCACUGCGAGGAUUCUGUUUUCUCUGGUAUCUUUUUUAAUGGUUUGCCUUUUGGCUACUCUGAAUCAAGUAUUCUGCAGGAUCCACAACUGAAAGCAGUGCUUUUAAUGUUAUUUAUGUACCUGAGAAGUCUGGAAGCUACGACAUAUGGAUCUUCUGUGGUAAUAUUCCACUAAAUGGUGGCCAUGCAUAUACAUCCAAUGCAACGCCAGGUACACUUGUCUGGUGCUAAAUUAGAGUUAAUUUUAAUAUUAUUUAUAUUAAUAUUUUCUUAUCUGAUGUAUGGCGCCAUGUAUACAGGUACAUCCCUUUCUGAGCAGGAAUUUGUCAUAACGAGCUUUCACAACUCUAUUCUGAUUCCGGGUACCGCCAUUAUGUCUAGGUAUGGUUGACUCUUCAAAGUCAACUGUGGUCAAAUUUGGUCCAAGAACAAGGGAGCUUGUAAGGAAUGACGUAAAGGUGCAACUUCUAGAUUCAUUCAGCAAUCCUAUCACGUCACAGGAAGCAAAACUGAGUUUUAACCUCGUUAAUAGUUCAAGUUUCUUGAGAUGGAAUUUUUCAGACCUUGGAGGGGGGCUUUAUGUUGGUCACUAUACAGCUCGAGAUCUUGGGACCUACAACAUAUGCGUUUCAUAUGAGAAUUCUCAGUUAUCUCCUUGUCCUUUGGUGGUUAAUGUUUACAACAGUAAGUCAUAAUCCUGACCUUCUAGUCUUGAUUUCCACUUCGAAACUCACAACAGACCGAGGUUGGCUCCUAGGUUUAGCCUUAGUAGCAUACCUGUUAGGAAGAUACGGCAAUUAAAUUAGUAUGAAUUUAAUUUUUUAUAAAACAAGAAACUCAGGUAAAAAAAAUCAUUAAGAGAGUAAUUCAACAGACCCUGCGGUUGAGAAUGGUUUGAAUUUUUUAUCACACGAAGAACCUUAUGCAUGUUGUGAUUUUUUACGUUAUAUAGAAAUUUUCAAACGGUCGCACCGCUAAAUUGAUGAUAAUUCUCAGAAAUUAACUAUUUUAUUGAUCGCUGCUAUUAUUUAUUAACUUCUUAACAUGUAAUGCAGGUGAAUAUUUCCCUGAUGCUAAAAAUGACAGCAUAUCUGUUUGGGAGGAUGAAUCAGUCGCCUUUGAUGCUACAAGGAAUGAUUAUUUUUCAGGGAAUCAACUCCGAGUUACCUAUUCGUUAAUGGUAAUUGAAAAAUCUUAGAUAGUUACUUCUCAGUUGACGGUGUUUUUUUUUUUCCUGAAUUCCUUGACAUCCGAAUUUUAAUUAUGCCAACUUUAUAUCUUCAGUCUAUCUUUUCAUUUUUCCUGGCCAUCUGCACUUUAAUGUACUCAAAAUUUUCCAUAAUUUUAAUUCAUCCAUGAUGUUUUCUUAGACAAUUUUUUUAAAAAAUUCUGACCUAUUUCUUGGGUUAUCUUCGCAGCCAAUGCAUGGAUCCCUCAUACAGAAGGGACAACUGUUCAGAUAUACUCCUUACAAAGGGUUCUUUGGCGAUGACUCCUUCUCUUACACCCUCUCUGAUGCAAAUGACAAUGCUGCUACUGGCUCUGUUUCCAUCUCUGUUCUCUGCAAGCCGCCUCAGUUCAUCUCACUACCUUUCCAGCUUCAAGUAACUGAAGACGUGAUUGGUCCCCGAUUUGGGUAAUUUUUCUUAGAAAUUUCAUAGGAAGUUAAAUCAUUAGGGUUCAUCUCUCCCCUUUCAAUUGAAGGGUUUUGAUCCGGUACCCUCAGAUUAGUGAAAUCACGAAAGCUUUUGCAGUGGGUUUCACGGAUUCGAAAUCAAGCACUCAAAUAAAAUGGAGAACAUUUCUGUCACCAUUCGAGCAAAGUCUGGCAGCAUCUUCCUCGCGCCGAUGCCGAUCCAUCUGUGUCCGAUGUUGGCAGGUGAAGUCAAUGUUGCCAAAGGAGGUCAGACUGGGAGAGACCUAACCAUAUCGGGUAAUGUUGAUGCGGUCAACUCUGCUCUCGACUCGAUUAAGUAUCUCGGGUACACAGACAGCUCCCCAGAAUUCACAGGAACAGUAACAUUUUGACCUCCCACCAGCUGUGGGAUUAGUGAUUUUAUCUUGUCUGAAUUGAUGUGCAGAGACGAAGACUUCUACGGGAGUGAUGCCAUCAGCUUGUCAGCUGUGAACAAAAAUGGCGUGCGAGACGCCCGCGUGGCAGUCAGGGUCCGCCCGGUCAACGACCCUCCAUUCAUACGGGUUCCAAAAUUUGUCAUCUUGGAGAAAGAGCCCACAGAGGGUGUUCCGAUUUUCGACCGGAGAUCCAGCUCCCCCUUCGAGUUCUUCAUCGGGGACCCUGAUCUUCAUAACUUCCCAGGUAUUAUUAUUAUUUCCCUCAAUUUCAUGCACAAAAAAAAAAAAAUCAAGACAAAAGUUUUGGGAAGAACACUUCCGGUCAACCCCUUCCACAGAGAACAGGUCCCAUUUUGUGGUCACGCUCUCUCUGGAACUGAGCGACGGAAUCCUCAUAGGCAGGCUCCCCGCUCAUCUCAUCGGCACAGUCGAGCUGAAGAUCAAGAACAGCCACCAGUGGCAGCAUCUUCAGGCCUUCGUCACCAUCUCCAACCACUUCGUCAUCAAGGGGAGGGCCAUCAGAUUUCGUGCGAGCGUCGACGACUGCAACGAUGCGAUCCGGAGGCUUCUCUACCAAGUGAGCUCCUCGCUCCAAGCUCUUCAAUUUCUCCACAAUGAGAUGAAUUAACUUCUUUUUAAGGAAGGAAUCUCCUCCUUGCAGGGCACCGGCCGUGCGUCUGUUCUGACCAUAAAUGUCAACGACAUGGGCAACUACGGCUGCUGCUCAGAAUGUGGAGAGAGGAUCUCAAUCCCUCUGCAGGCAGAGGCCACCGUGAAUCUGAUCAGAAGGAGACCAGUCAACUCCAUUUCUGCCCACUGUAAGUAGAUGAAUCCCUGUUGUCAACAAAUUUGUUCAUUAUUUCGAGAUAAUUUCUGGGUCAAAGCAAAAUCAUCUGUUCUUCACCGAUUUGAUCGAAAUCCAUCGGUUCUUGGCUGGUCUCCCAGUGCUCGGCGCUGCAGUGGUCGUCGAGUUCAUCACGCUGCUACUUCUCGGCGGCGCACUUCUCUUCUACAUCUGCAAAUGCACAAAUCUUCUAUACAGAGAUAGAACACCACCUUCUGCAACAGAUACCGCAGCGGGAAGUCUCCCCACGCCGAGGGUAGAACCCUAAACGCUAAAACCCAGAUGUUCUAACCUUCAAUCUUCUCAAUAACACCAUUCUGCAGAGGGGCGGGGGGGCGCCAGCAGAGACCUCGAAGCAUUCCACCCAGCAGCGAUGGACCCAGAUUCAUGGCGGAUCUAACCUGCGUCGAAGGUACAUUAAUGCUCGAUUCUACUCUGACCAAAACACGUACUUUUAUUCUGAUCUUCAUCUCUUUUCUAAUUCUGGCGAUCCCCAAGAUGGCGUGAAGUGGAGGCCGCCGGGAAGGGCAAGCCGUCCUUGCUGUCGCCUGGCAACUUCUCCCCUCUUUCCAUUGAGGCUCCCUGGCCCGAACCAUGAGACGACACGCCAUCGUUCUAGUCUCUCCCUACUUUCUCUCUACUCUCUCUGUGUCUGUCUAUCUCUCUACUCGACGGGGCCACAGCGAUCCGGGGCACCAUAAACAGGGGAGCUGGCAUUUCAUCAAUAAUGUUAGAAAGAGAAGGGAGGAGAAGACUGGACCACAUUGAUGAGAGAGACAGAGAAAGUUCUACUUAUAGUAGUCAUUUACUGUUCCUGCUUGCUUCUGAGGUGUCCCCCGAGCCCUUAACAGUGAGAAACCAGAAGCUCGUUCGGUCACGUCUGAGGUGAGAGGAGAGCGAGGGGGGGGUUCGGCGAGGAUGAACAAGAAGGAGAAUGGGGGGGAAGGGGGUCGCUGCCACCACUGGCUUCUUGGUCACGUCGAACAGGAGCUCUCUGAGGUAUGGUUACUACAACAAGAGAGAGAGAGAGAGAGAGAGAGAGAGAGGAGAUGUUUGGACUGUAUGCAAGAACACGUGCGUGGUUACUCUUCCGGCGAGACUUUUCUCGUUUCUUAA